AUGAGGAUUUCCCAGAAGCUGCUGAAAGCCCAUGAGGCCGACGAGGCUCAUCCCCACGAGGAUAAGCCGACGUUUUCGUUCGAGUUCUUCGUGCCAAAGACCUCCCAAGGUGUGCAGAACCUAUACGACAGGAUGGACAGAAUGUACAACUUGAACCCGCAAUUCGUCGAUGUGACCUGGAAUGCCGGUGGUCGUUUGUCCAACUUGACCACUGACAUCGUGUCGACUGCACAGUCCGUGUUGGGCCUGGAGACGUGUAUGCACUUGACUUGCACCAACAUGCCCGUGGAGCUGAUUGAUAAGGCACUGAAGGAUGCCUAUGACUCAGGAUGCCAGAACAUUCUGGCGCUGAGAGGCGAUCCUCCUGUCGAAGGUGGCGAGUGGACUGCCGUAGAAGGCGGGUUCCACUACGCCAGAGAUCUCGUGGAGUAUAUCAGAAAGAAAUACGGGGACCAUUUCGACAUUGGUGUUGCUGGUUAUCCAGAGGGCCAUCCGGAGGAGAGCGACUCUGACAAGAUUGUAGGGUACUUGAAGGAGAAGAUCGAUGCUGGUGCUGACUUCAUCAUCACACAGAUGUUCUACGAUGCCGAUAAGUUCAUCGAAUGGUGUGCCAAGGUGCGUGAAGUUGGCAUCACAGUGCCAAUCAUCCCAGGUAUCAUGCCGAUCUCUUCGUAUGCUGCGUUUAAGAGAAGAGCCACUUGGUGCGAGAUUAAUGUCCCGCAGCACUUUGAGGAUAAGCUGAUCUCUAUCAAGGAUGACGAUCAACUCGUCAGAGAAGCUGGUACCGAAUUGGUGGCCGAGAUGUGUCAAAAGCUGUUGGAUUCUGGUUACGUUAACCAUCUACAUUUCUACACUAUGAACCUGGAGAAAUCCUCCAUCAUGAUCCUGGAAAAGUUGCAAUUGAUCUCAUCGAAAGCUGCCGAUGACCUUCCUUGGAGAAAGUCUCUGAACCCAAAUAGACAGAACGAAUCCGUUAGACCGAUCUUUUGGAAGAACAGAAAGUACAGUUACAUCACAAGAACCCAGGGUUGGGAUGAGUUUCCAAACGGUAGAUGGGGUGAUGCUAACUCUGCUGCCUUUGGUGAUGUUGAGCUCUUCACUGCUGGAUUGCUACGUCAAUCUCCAAAGAGAGCCAUUGAACUUUGGGGCGAACCACAAACUUUGGAGGAUUUGUCCAAUUUGGUUAUCCGUUACUUGAACGGCCAAUUGAACUCUCUGCCAUGGUCAGACACUCCAGUGACCUCUGAAGUUGGUUCCAUCAGAGAUGAGUUGAACAAGAUCAACAAGGCUGGAUUCUUCACGGUGAACUCCCAGCCAAGGGUCAACGGAAGCUCUUCAGAUGAUCCAAUCUUCGGAUGGGGUCCAAAGAACGGAUUCGUCUAUCAAAAGCAAUACCUGGAGUUCCUCAUCCAGAGGAAGAAGCUGCCAAAGUUGAUUCAAAAGAUUGAUGAAAUCAAUGCCCCAUAUAACAAAAACUCAAGCUCCAAGGACAACUACAAUAUCUUAACAUACUUUGCCAUUGACUAUUCCGAUGAUUUGAACUCAAACACAAAGGAUGACUCUGCUAACGCAGUAACAUGGGGUAUCUUCCCAGGAAAUGAGGUCCACCAACCAACCAUUGUGGAGAAAGUGUCCUUCCUCGCCUGGAAGGAUGAAGUGUUCAGAAUCCUUCACGAGUGGAGUGGCAUCUUUGAAUCUGGAUCAAAGGCCAAGGAUUUGAUCCAAUCAAUUGUUGAUGACUAUGCCUUGGUCAACAUUGUCGACAACGACUUUGUCGGCCAGGAUAAGAUCUUUGGGCUGUUCCAAGACCUCUGA